AUGUAUCCUUUAUUAUUUAUACCGGCAAUUAUUUCAAUUAUAAGCACAAUUUUUAUCUACUUGUGGUUCAAAAGGAAGUAUUCGUAUUGGGAGAAGAAGGGCGUGCCGGGACCAAAACCGUCGUUUCCCUUUGGUAAUGUCCGCGACGUGAUAAAGCGCAAAAAACAAAUUUUCCAGCCGUACUGUGACGCUUAUUUUCAAUAUAAAAAGAACCCCAUGGUUGGCCUUUACUGCUUCAAUAUACCAGUAUUGUGCAUCAACGAUCCAGAACUAGCCAAACAUAUUCUAAUCAAGGAUUAUAACUAUUUCCAAUCACAUGGGGUAUUUUCAAGUUCGGAAACCAGCGAUCCUCUCGGAGGUCAUCUCUUCCAUAUCCACGGCCCAAAGUGGAAGUCUCUUCGAUCAAAGCUCUCCCCGACAUUCAGUCCAGCUAACUUGAGGUCACUUUUCCCUCAUGUAAAGAAAGCAGCAGAAGAAGGUCUGGAGUAUGGUGACUUAAUGUAUGAGAAUGGUACACCGAUCAAUUUUACAGAAUUUUUUGGUAAAUACGCGGUAGAAAUUGUCGGUAAUGUCGGUUUUGGAAUUAAAAAUGAUGGCUUUAAAAGAGGCGAAACCGAGUUUCAUGGGCGAUGCCGACAGUUUUUUGAAUACACGUCAAUAUAUUGGACAAUUAUAAGAGGAAUUGCUUUUUCGCUCCAGAAUUUUUCAAAAAAUUCGGCCUGA